AUGGAAUUAGAAAACAUUAAGGCUCUAAUUGAAGCUAAGGCAACUAUGUUGUGUAUUGUUGUUGAGGUAAACGGACAUCCUGUCAAGGCUUUUGUUGAUUCUGAAGCUCAAGAAACUAUAAGAGGUGUAAAUGAGGAAGCACAAAUUUUGGCAUUUUAUUGA